CCUGUCGUCAAGGUUUCUUACAAAUUAUCUGGCACAAUGGAUAAAUAUGACGUAAUCAGGCAGAUUGGUGAAGGAGCAUUUGGAAAAGCUUUCUUGGUUAAAGCCAAAGGUGACAGCAUACCAGUUGUGAUAAAAGAGAUUAAAACUGCAAAGAUGUGCCAGAAAGAAAGAGAGGCUUCCUUCAAAGAAGUGACACUUAUGGAAAAAAUGAAGCAUCCUAACAUUGUUACAUUUCUGGAUUCAUUUAAAGAGAGGCAAAAUCUGUACAUAGUAAUGGAAUACUGUGACGGUGGUGAUCUGAUGCACAGAGUCAAGAUGCAACAUGGUGUUGGUUUUGAAGAGGACCAGGUCUUGGACUGGUUUGUACAAAUUUGCUUGGGACUGAAGCAUAUUCAUGAUAGGAAGAUCCUUCAUCGGGACAUCAAAACACAGAACAUUUUUCUUUGUAAUAAUGGAAAAACUGCAAAACUAGGAGACUUUGGAAUAGCACGCAUGUUGAACAAUACCAUGGAGUUAGCACAUACACGUAUCGGAACACCAUACUAUUUAUCUCCUGAAAUAUGUGAAAGUCGACCAUACAACAAUAAAACUGAUAUUUGGUCUCUUGGAUGUGUCCUAUAUGAGUUAUCCACUCUGAGUCAUCCAUUUGAGGGCAGUAAUUUGCAUCAGUUAGUGGUGAAGAUCUGCAGAGGUCGCUAUGCUCCGAUACAUCCCCGAUAUACUUAUGACAUGCGGAUCUUGUUGGCUCAGCUGUUUAAAGUUAAUCCCCGCGAUCGACCAUCCAUCAAUUCAAUAUUAAAAAAGCCAUUCUUAGAAAAGCGUAUCAGAAAAUACCUAAGCCCUGAGUUGUUAAAAGAAGAAUUUAGCCACACAGUCAUUCACAGAAAGAAAUCAUCAUCACCUAGACCUACUAAAGCUACCCCAAGACCAGCUCCAAAGAUGCAAAAAGGUAAAUGUGAGGUGAAGAAACCAGUAAGGCAAUGUGUGAAUAAGAAACUGGUACCAGCUCGUUGUGGAUGGAAGCCAUUAGAAGUAGUCCACAGGCCAAAUAUCAAGCAAUUUAACCACCUAUCACCUGUGAAGCCAUGGUCUCCCAGGCUUGAUGGACGAUAUGGACACUAUCAUGGUUAUCUAGAUUACUUGGAGAGCAGACGAAAUGAACACUUGGCUUCACCUGUGCCCCAUUUCAACUACAUAAUUGAAGACUAUAGACAAAGAGUGAAUCAUGAUCCAAUCCAAUGGCCACAAGCAGCACACGAAGAAUACAUUCAAAGGAAAAUGGAAGCACAACAGUAUAAGAUAAAAGUAGAAAAACAGUUGGGAAUACGCCCACCAUCAUCAGACCCUUCUGGUCAUCGAAAACAGUAUCCAGACACACAGGCUAGACAGCAUCCUGAGGACCAAGGGAAAAAAAGAGGAGCAAAUGAUGAGGAAUACUGCCAGCAACUUAAGGAAAUAAGGCAACAGUAUCAGCAUGAGGUGAAAGAAAUUAAAGGAAAAAUAGAAGAAAAGGAGAAUCAUAAAUGUAUUUCAAGUGAGACCUAUCAUAUCGAUCAAGCAAAACCCAGAGACAGAAUGGCUGAUCUCCAGGAGCCCAGCAAAGAGAAAGAUCCUGGUCAGGUUAUUGAGAAAGAUCUGAAACAAAUGAGAUUUUAUCACCUAUUGGAAAAUGAAGUAGUAGAACGUAAACACAAGGUACAGGGCGGUAUAAAGUUUGAAAUAUGGUUGGAUGGAGGACUGUCUCACGAAGAUUCCCAGCAGAAGGAGGAACUGGAUGUGUUAAAUAAGAGACUGACAUACGAGGAAGGUAAUGAUCUUAAACAGAAGAAAUGGCAAUUCAUCGAGGCGGAAAGUUUUCUGGAAGACCUUGCAAAUAAAACUUUGGAAGUAACAUCUUCUCAGAUGGAAGCUACCUCUGCUGCUGACCAGGUUGUUGUGAUAGAAGCAGAUGCUCCAAGAAACAGAAAUCAGUGGGAACUGAAACGACCAGAUACUCUGUUAAAUGCACUCGUGGCUGCUCAGCUGUCUUCAGUUGGUCUGACCAUUUCUGCAGACAAAAUUGAUGGUACAUCAACUCCUUUGAGGCUAACAGAAAAGAACAGGGAUUCUGAAUCAAAUUCUGCCUCUGACAUAGAAGUAGAUAAUGAACGGCUGGAGCCCAGAUCUGAUGAUGACGACACAAACUUUGAAGAAUCAGAAGAUGAACUCACAGAACAGCUGGUGGAGUCCUUGCAAGAACUAAUUGUUCAACCAGAACAGGCUGAUUACAAUGAUGAAAACGGAGCCAGCCAAAGUGCACAUGAUGGACAAAGAGAGGAGAGUGCGGGCCACAUGGAAAUGCUUGUUUUCAAUACUAAAAGCAAGCCAGAAAAAUGCUGUGAUCAAAAGGACAUACCUGCACCUGAUUCAGUCAAGGACUGUACAGAACAAAAUGCAACAGCUUCCUGAGAAUAAUAUUUAUAGCUAGUCAUAUACUCUUACAGCCGAUUAAAUAGGAAGUCACUCAAGACAUCUCAGGUCUAGAAUUGAUUACUUUGAACAAAAACUAAUUCCUUAAGCUGUUACUUGUACAUUUGCUGUUUGACUUUCACAUGUAGUAACCAACUGACAGACCAAUGUAUCUG